CCUUCCCCAACCAAUGAUGGCAGCAUCCAAAAUGGCGGUCUCAGCAAAAGUCGUGAAUAUCCAUCCGGUAGUUUUAUUCAGCAUUGUUGACUCUUUCGAGAGGCGGACAGAUGAAUCAGCACGUGUAAUCGGAACUCUACUUGGUACGAGUAUUCAAGGAGUUGUUGAAGUCACAAAUUGUUUCUGUGUGCCUCACAAUGAAUCAGAAGAUGAGGUUGCUGUGGACAUGGAGUUUGCCAAAAACAUGUUUGAGUUACAUAAAAAGGUGAACUCGUGGGAGAACAUUGUAGGAUGGUAUGCAACAGGAAGUGAAAUCACAGGUCACUCUGUGCUGAUACACGAUUACUAUUCCAGGGAAUGUCAGAACCCGAUACACGUCACAGUCGAUACGACGAUGGUAGACCUCAACAUGUCAGUCAAGACAUGGGUUAGGCAAAACAUGGGUGUUCCCGACAAGUCGCAAGGCACCGUCUUCAUUCCAAUUCCAAUGAAAAUUGCCUUCCAUCAACCAGAAAAAGUAGCAAUGGAUGCAUUUAUAAGAGAGACGGAUCCCAACAGGAAAACCAUCGAGUUGACGACGGAUCUACAGUACGUAUCUAAGGCCUCGGGUAAACUUCAAGAGAUGUUAACAAGGGUGCUCCAGUAUGUUGAUGAUAUUCUGACUGGAAAGACUCCGGCUGAUAACCAGAUUGGCAGAUUCCUGAUGAAUCUGGUAUCCAACGUUCCUAAGCUCCAACCUGAAGAGUUUGAUCAGAUGCUCAAUAAUAGUAUGAAGGAUCUCCUAAUGGUUGUCUACUUAUCCGGUCUGAUAGAGACACAGCUCACUCUCAAUGAAAAGCUUACGUUAUCAAAAGCAGCAAAUUCACUUUAGGGUUUCAUAUCUUCGAGGGGUAAGGGAAGGGGGGGGGGGUUCAAAUCUUAAUAUAGAUGGGAUGGUGUUUCAUAAGUCUGUUCGUAAAGUAACGCACAACUUUACGAACGACUGGAACAUGUUCUUAUACAUAGGGAUAUAUCAUGUAGCACAAGAAAGGGUCACCAGUCGUGCUUAAAAGUCAUUCUUAACUUACGAACAGCUUUAUGAAACGGGCCCCUGGUAUCUUCGAGGACCACACUUCAUAACCUGGGGGCCGUUUCAUAAAGCUGAUCGUAAGUUAAGAGCAACUGUUGACCUUUCUUACGCG